AUGGCGUUGCCUCCGAGAUUUCCUGGGUUAAUUCCAGGCUAUGGUGUACAAAUUCCACCAAUGACGACCUUUGUUUCUGCACCUUCAAUUAUUGAUAAUAAUAAAUUACAGCCACAAGAAAAACCACCCGUCACGACUGUUUUUGUCGGAAAUAUCAAUGAAAAAUGCACUAAUGAAUUGAUCCGCUCAAUUUUAAAUGAAUGUGGCGCAGUAGCAACUUGGAAACGUAUACAGGGUUCAAAUGGUAAAUUUCAAGCUUUUGGAUUUUGUGAGUUUGAGAAUCCAUUUGGUACGAUGAGGGCACUUCGUAUCCUACAUGAUUAUCCUCUCGCUGAAAAAAAAUUAGUAGUUAAGAUUGAUGAUAAAACUCGAUCAAUGGUCAGAGAUUUUGUUACAAAAAAACGGGUCGAAAAAGGGUUGAUGCCUGAAACGCUAGCUGUUGAUGAGCUACCUGCUGAUGAAGAAAAUUUGGCUGAAGACGAAGAAGUGCGUCAGAAAAUACUGAACCUCAUCGAGGGAGAUGCUCCUUCCCUACUACCAAUUGAAGGUGAAAUUAAAUUUUCUAAAUGGUUUCGGUUUAUGGAAGGUGAACUCGAGGAAAAAACUCAUUCUCCUGUUUCUGACAAGUCAGUGGGUCGAGAAAGGAAAGAUCGAUCAAGUGAUAGACGUCGAGAGAAGAAGGUUGGUUGA